AGGGCGCUCCGUGGUGGCCGUGCCGCUUGUUUACGGGGGCGCGGGGCCGCCCAUGGCGAUGGCGCUGGCUCCGUGCGGCCAUCGGGUGGACGCCUCCGCGCUCCCCUGCGAGAUUAUCGUGCACGUCCUCUCCUUCCUGCCGCCUCGGGACCGUCUCGCCGCCUCCUCCGUGUGCUCCCGCUGGCGGGCCUGCCUCUUCCAGCCGUCGCUGUGGCCCGCGCUGAGGCUGCGCGUUGGGGCAGCUACUGCUACUGCUGCUGCUGGUGGUGGUGGUGGUGCUACAAGUGUUGUUAGUGGAGGUGCUAUCGGUGGUGGUGGUGGUGGUGAUGAUGCGCUUAGCGCCGCCACAUUCUUGUCGGGGCGCUGCGGGUCGUUCGUCCGCGAAUUCUCGCUCUCCUUUGAGCACUUGGCCCGCGGUGGCUUAGAGAGCUCGUCCUGGGACUGGGAUGGUGGAGGUGGCAGUGGCGGCGGCGGCGGCGGCGAUGGUGACGGUGGAAGUAUCGGAGGCAAUGCUGGGGCCAACACCAUCAGCAACAACACAAACAACAACAACAGCAGCAGCGCCGCCGGUGGUGCUGGUGGUGCUGGUGGGUGCUGUUCCGUGACGGCGCUUCUGCAAUCGCAUGUGGAUGGGGCUGCCGAGGUGCUGCGCUCUUUGAGGAACAACCGCAACCUCGAGCGCUUGGCCUUGCUCGGGGACAGCGUGAUCGACGUGGCCGGCUCUCUGCAGCCCAUAGCCGGCGGCACGGGACCAUCGGCCGCCAUCGACCCAGACGGGGAACGUACCGAGGAACUACAGUCUCUGGUGCGUGAGAUCCUGCGAAACUGCAAGCGCUUGCGCUCGUUGUCGCUGGCCUUCAUGCUGGAGGUGGCCACGCCGGAGUUGCUGCCCUCGCUGCCAGAAACGAGCCUCGCGUCCCUGCGUCACCUCGCACUGCUCCGUCUCCACGGCGGCCGUCUCACGCCGGGCCCCGACGCGGACACGUCCGCCAUACCGCUCCUCCGACCGCCGGAAGCCGGCCGCAUGCGCAACCUGCGCUGCCUGGCGCUCGACCUGGCCGACUUCACGGCGGAGCUCGCGCAGGCCCUGGCGCGAAGGGCGGAGAGCCCUGGCGCCGUUCCUCUGGUCAGGAUCUCGCUCCUCUUGCAUAAUCAGCAUCCACGAGCUGGGAAGUCGCUCGAGAGCAUGCCCCAGGACAGCGACUGGUCUCUGCUGACAGCCGGAAACACGGCUCUGCGCGUCUACCUCCUGGCGGUGGGCGUUGGCAGCGACCUGCUGCUGCGAGUGCUUCGCCCCGCGCUGCCCCUCGAGCGCCUGCACCUGGACGGCUGCCCCGGCCUCUCGGCCGCCGUGCUCGACCUCGUGUCCCGCCAGUACGGCCGUACGCUGGCGCAGGCCGUGCUGGUGCGGGAGGCGUGCGAGCCGGCGUCCGCCUCUUCCAUCACGCAGCUCUUUCCGGACCUGAGCGAGGGCCAGCAUGAGGACCCGCUAGUGCUCCUCGCCUGGAAGUGCAACCGCCUGUCAAGGCUCACUAUUCACGGCUACGUGAUGUGGGCCGACAACCUGGUGGCCAUUGCGCGACUGCGCGGCGCUUGCCUGCGCGUGCUCGAAGUGACGGAGGAGAGCCUGGACUUUGACCCCGAGGCGUUCCUGCACGUGCAGAUGGUGAUCGGGGACCCCCCGGUGCUCACCACCACCACGCCCGCCACCGCGGGCUGCAGUCUCGACGUGAUGGGGGCGCUGGUGGACGAGGUCUCCAUGGCUCUUGGCAGGCCCUGGUCCCCCACGCCGCCGGAGCAGCGUCUCGACGUCUUCAACCAACCCACCUGGACCUUCUGCAGGGAGGUGGAGAGCUUUGGAGAGUAGGGAGGGGAUCUAGACUCUGUAGAGCCACCGGGUCGGUAAGUGCAGGUGGCUCGUUUAGCGCCCUGUCCACCCUCCGUUAGAGCUCACAGACCACGAUGACGAUGUGUUUGUGUGAGAACAUUUCAGUUGCCUGCAGUUCAAGCAGACGCAGUGUUUACCAUUUUUUUUGUUCAGCUGUGGCUUUCCUGUGAUGGAUAUAUGAAGGGUUACUAAGUACGUAUUACAUAUUUUGAAAUGUUAGAAAAUAACUCGUAAUCCAAUGGCAAAUGUUGCUGUUUUUUUGUAACUGUAAGGUGGAAAGUGUAAUCGUGGUUCAGACAUGCUGUUUACCUCCGUGGCCUAAAAUAUACACCAUUUUAGCCAUGUCAAGCAUGAUCACUUAAAUUCAGAUAACGUGUAAGAGUUUUAAACGGUCUGUGAGCUUUACCGUCGGUGGACAAAGUGUUAAACAUAAUAUUAAGUUUUUCGAUUUGUGCUAAGUAUGCAGAGCUUUAGCCUGGACUAGCCCAGUUCAGCAGGUUACAUAAGGAGUUAGAAAUGUUCAUAAUUGCAGCUGAUUUGCUCAGAAUUUACUUUAUCGGUCAGUUUCAAAGUUGUAGAAUCAUAUUGCCUUUUACACAAUACGUUUAGUGAAGGUGCGAGAUCAAUAGAUUUUUUUUUUCCUAUCAGAUUUAAAUGUUUAGCUUUUGCUAAAGUAUAUUAGCAUGCCGUGCUUAAUGGUUAUAUACACACAUUUUUGCCCUUGGCAUUAGCUUUUUUUUGGGUUUUGCUCAAGCGCUAAUUGAUUACUCAACAGUUGUGGCAGUUCUGGGAGAAAAAAAAAUUGACUGAUAAAAUAAAUUAAAACUGUGCGGAGGUGAGUGUAACUUUGUAGAUGCAUAAAUUGGGCAACUGCAGAGUGCGGAAUGAAUGUUCGUUGUGUUAAUAGUUGCAGCCCAAUUAAAUCCUGCUGCACGUGUUGUGUUUAGAAGCACAUUUUGAGAGCAGCGGAAGGCGAACAUCAGCAGUUAUGCAAAGUAGGACUAGAGCAUCUGUGGCAACCCCUUAAUUGGGCUUGUGUUGGGCUUCUAGUUGAUGGAGGUGAAGAUUGAUCAUUUAGUGCAAAUGCUGCUUUUAUGACUAGCGUAGGGCAAUAUACGCCAAACAAGUAAUUAAUGCAUAUUAAUGUAGUGUUAGAGUUAUAUACAUCCCAUUGGUUUUCACUUCUAAAAGGGUUUGGUUAUUAGGCUAGAGAGAAUGUUGUGUUAUUUUGAAAGCAUUUAAAGUAAAGUUUUUUUUUCUUCCUCUCAAUACUUCGUUUAGUUCUGCUGCUAGGACCUCAUGGGCAUCCUCUUAAGAGUUGAAGACCAGAUGGGAAUGUAAAUGCGUUAAGACCUUGCAUCAGGUCCAGUGGGGCAGUUUGCAAAAAAAAAACAACCUCCCACACACACUGGCAAAGAGAAAGGUCAUUAACAACUGUACAGUACUGUUAAACCAGCCUUAUUUGAAGCGAGUUCUACCUUACGGAUGAAAGGCACACAGCUGUGCUGUGGCUAUCUGCCGAUGCUGCUAAACGACAUCUUGUCAACGCGCAGUAACUUACGGGACAGCAAGCGACACGCUGGCACGCACGCACGCGCUGGCAAGGAUGUGCAGGUCUUAGUUUGGGAAGGCUGCGGAGCCUCAAAACAGACUGCCACCUUGGGCUUGGCUUGCCUUGGCUGCUGUGCGAUGGGCGCUUGUUGGAUUUUCACAAAUAGCGCCAUGGUGCAGUUUAUCUGUUUGCCCUCGGUUGUAUAAGCCUGGGCAGGACGUUUCAUGUUUGGGAAGGAGAAGGUAAUAAUGCACUUAAAUUUUAUCCAAAUGAAUGAUUUUUUGUAUGAUAGAAAAUUCAUCAGUUUGUAAACGUCAUGGUGUUUCCAGUGUGUGAAGCGUAGGCAGUUUCAAUCCAUUAAAUGGGGAGCCCGAGUGAAAUUUCUCACACCACUGAUGAAUUGUCAUUCAGGAUAAUUUUUUUUAAACAAUAUUAGAACAGAGAAAAUAUAUUAUAAUACACUUCUGUUUGAAUGUACUUCUCCUUCCUCAUGACUCGACUGAAGUUGGCGGUCUCUCCGUACGUAGCACUUUGCAGGCAUGAGCAAGUCGGCAACGUAUCACACCGCUUGCUUUGUGCACCAUCCAAGACCUGUGAGCAUCCUGCUAAACUAGUGACUGGCGCUGCCACACGCAAACAUUCCAGACUUGUUGCUUUUAACACGAGGAAGCUGUCGUUACGGGUGUGCACGGCUGUGUCUCUGUGAGACCACCACUGAAUACGUUUUUACCGAGUUUCGAGCGUAACGCGAAUAGUGUUUUACUUCAAACACCCGGGUAAGGUUUGCUCUUUGUUUUAUGUACUUGGUAUUCCAACGAUGUCAUGCGAAGCCAGUGCCAGACACCAGACUUAUAUUUAUUUAUGAUCAUUUACUUGUAUUUAUUUUUUCCUUUAAAAGUGCGCAGGGGUCCGUGGGCUGCUUUUUUUUUAAAAGAAGAAGAAAAAACUCCUAAGCAUGUUACAGCAGUGUUGUCAAUCACGCGAUUUGUACGCGAUGGUGGCAGCGGCCACGGCCCUGUGUUCUGCCCCGGGAGCGCUCGUGUGCCGAGCCCGGCUGGGAGGUGGGAGGCAAAGGCCCCGAUGUUUUACAAACACCACGCCUACUGUACACCAUUCCUGCAUUUGUUACUGCACACCUUUGCAAUAUAAUGCACCUUAAUGUGGGUAGAGAGUGACCUGUGACCUUGUUUGCUCGGUGAUUGUUGCUGGAAAUCUCUUUAUUUUCUCCAGCUUGAUUUAAAAAUGAAAUGUGGGAAAGAAAAAAAAUUACCACCCCAUGUGUUCGUGUUUAUCCAUCGCCGAGACGCUAUCUUCACGUGCAAGCGGUUUCUCUUCCAUUGCAGAAAAUGAUUGUAUGAUGUGUGACCUUAACAAGUAGCGCAUGGGUAAUGUGGGUUUGACUACGGUUGCGAUGGGAAACCCCGACAAAAGUGUGUGAUUUUAAUGCGGAUAUAGCGUGCGCGAUGAUACGACCGGCAUUUUGCGCCGUAGCGUUUGUUUCUACGUAAACAAUCUUCACGGAAAAUAACCAAUGCUGGUGCCGCAUCCGUCGAGGUGUGCACACCGAGCUGUUAGGCAGAUAAUCAUAGGACUCGAAUGGCUCCCAAAUACAUUGAUGGAGCAGGACAGACGCGAUGUCACUGGUGGAUAAAUGCAGGUAAUACUGGCCUAUGUUUUACGGCCCAUGAAUGUAACAAAAAAAUGAUUACAGCACUCAUGAAUAUAUGCGUAGUCCCGACAUCGGACAAUUUUGUAUAUAGUGAAGCUCAAGGGGGUAACUUGCAAUGCAGCGAGAAUAGGUCAAGCGAUGGUUUAGUCAAACUUUUAAGCCCAAUGUGACCGGGUGUUUUUUUUCUGAAGUCUGCGGGCAGUAGGUUAGUCUGGAUCACCGUGAAUCACUGCUCCACUCAACCUUUCACCCAAGAGACAGAGGUCCGGUCGACUUGUGUAGUGUUGGUCUGUGUUGUUUUCUCUGUUUUGUUCCCCGCGUUUGUGUACAAAGUGUUGCUUCAUGUCGGUGAAGCUGUUAGGAUUCAUGCUUUGCUCUUGUUUGGUCAUUAAUAAAGCAUCUCAUAAGCA